AUGUGGUACAGGCCUGCGGGGGUCUGGCCGCACGUGUGUGUGAGCGGGCGGGACCUGGUUUUAGAGGGUCGGGCGUACGGAGGAAUGCACGAAGUAGGAGAACUGAUUCCCGGUUCGCACCGAUCAGAUCAGCCACCGUCUGGCCGUUGUCUGUCCACUUUCUCAGCUCGCAGACACAACAAGCCACCCGUUUACAAUCUCACCUUCCGAUCUCCCCGCCAUCAGCUCAUACGUGAUAUUUUGCAGCUGCAACAAAUGAGCGCGCCGCAAAAAAAAAAAAGUGGGGGGCUCAGACGCGCACCGAGUGUCCCUGCACCGCGUCGAAGAUGUACGUGAAAACCACCGGGUCGAUUCCCCCGAAGGCCGUCUGGAUCGUGUCCGGGACCGUGAUGUUCGCGAUUUUGUCGCUGCCUUGCGCGAGCGCAAAGCGCGCGAGGACGAGCACAAGCGCCGUGGCGACGUGCAUAAUGCUGGGGGCGUUCGGCUAGCUCACAUCCCCAAGACGAGUAUGCAUACUACUUAUAAUACUGUUGCGUGUGAGCGUAUAAAGCAUCUGCCCCACGUUCUGCGCACUGUGCGACAGUCUGAUGGACAGAUGAACCUGCGGUCAAUUUCGUUUGUCAACGUCACUAUCGCACCAGGUUGGCUGGGUUCCAGGUCCGCUGAAGCCCCUGGCUCAUAUGAGCAGGGGACUCUGCCCGAGGAGGAGCCCAGAGCCAGAGCGCAGGCCAACACCAUCCGGGGUCGAUGUUGUUCUUCUGCAUUGAUGAUCACAGGAAGCCGCUCAGAAGGGCAGGCACGUCACCCACGAUCGGAAACCUUACGACAAGCGAACGUUCCACGCUGAUAAGCAUACAUACAUAAGUAGUCCUCAAUCACGAACUGUCCAUCUACGUGUCACCCG